AUGGCAAAGCCUGUUGGAGCUGGGAAGGUGAAAGCGUCCUUGCGCUGUGCUUCUCCGGAGCCAGAGGAUGAUGCCUUUGGAAGCUUCAGACGCAAGCGCUACAGCCGAAGCCGCAGCAAGAGCCACAGCGAGGAGAGGCCGACAGCUGAAGCAAAAGUAGAGAAGAAGCGAAGACAGAAAGAGUUUGCGUGGAUGGACUCAGAGGAUGAAGCAUCUGACAAUGGUGACGCAGAAGAAGAUGAGAAACCAAGACAGAAACAAUCGCCGAAAGCCGACGAGAAGGAAGAUAGCGAUCACGAAGCAGAACGCACGUCGCCAGCCCCUACGACUGCAGCCGAAGUGCAGACCCUGGGUCAAAUGAUGCGUCUGAUGGAGUCUUGGCAGAGGCAGCGUGGCAAGAUUCUGCGUUUACCCAUGCCGGAGCUGUCGGAGGUUUGUCAAGCAGCAGCACGAGUAAAAUACUACGAUGCCGGGAGCUUCGCUGACAUUAUGGCCGCCGUAAAGGUUCACCUCCGUGGGCACACAUCACUUCGUCCGGAAGAUAUUGCUGGGGUGUUGAGUGGCCUCGCGGACGUGAAUGGUUACGAGAAGGAGCUGUUUGACCUGGCCGCUCAAGCGCUGAACCGUACGACGGGCCAGAUUCUGCGGCCUGCCAGGAAGGCCAUCCUGGACGCAUUCAAGAAGGUCAAGCACCGAACGGACACCCACACGGUUCUUCGGGAGAUGUCCGAGCAGGAGGCAAAAGCACGCUACGAGGAUAAGUGCUAUGAGGUGGCGGCGAGCUGGCAGAAGCCAGGUGAAGUCGCAGGUGACGUGCGCGCAAGAUUCGCAACACUGUAUGGUUGUCGACUGCGUGGGGUUCGAUGGGAUCGGUACGAGGGGCAGAACGGUGUUUUCUUGCAGAUUCAGGGCACAGCCAGCCUGGACACGACACCUCGAAAGAGCGAUGCAGACGAAACCGGGGAUGAUGCGGGCAAAGUCAAUGUCCGGCGGGUGCUUUGCACGUCUCUUCCCAGUGGAGAGGUGGCCCCGGAGGACAGAGAUCUGCCGAGCGCUGCUGGCGCAAUCGGAGGGAAGGCCCUUGCUGCGGCGCUGCGGCUGCUUUGCGCGGUGUCCAUGGUAAUCCCGCAGGCAGCGCUUGUGGCUCGCAACCUUGCGGGGUGCAGGUGUGCCAUGUGCGCGAUGGACGAGUACAGGUCGGAUUCUGUGAUUCUGUGUCACACUUCCUUCAUCCGACCGGCAGAAGUUGUGCCGACUGAGGUGGAGAAUGAGAUUCCACCUUGGGAGGUUAUCGUGCGGCGAUCAUUGGACGUGCUUAACCGGGCGUCUGCCACAGGUCGAAGCAAGCCCUUCCGAAAUCUGAUCACCGACAGGGAUGGCACGACCAACAACUACUGCGAUCGGUAUGCCUCGAGCGUGCAGUCUGCAUACAAUGCUGCGUGGCUCUCUUACUUUGCUCGACACUGUGUCGACAAUGCCGUCUUUAUCACGGCGGCGCCGCUUGGUGGAAGGCCGAGUGCUGAAGGCUUGAUGGAGCUCUGUGUCGCACCGAGAGGCUACUUUGUUUAUACUGGCUCUAAAGGCCGUGAGUACUACAGUGAUGCUACUCAGCAGCUUCUCGAAGCGGAAGAGCUGCCGAAAGAGCAACGGGAGUUGGUCGAGGAGCUCCACCGGCGAAUUCUAGCCUUAUGCCAGCAGCCAGGGAACACGAAGUUUCUCGGCAUUGGCUCCGGCCUUCAGCGGAAGUUUGGUGAGGUCACCAUGGCCAGAAACGAUCCAGCUGGAACAGUACCGGAGCCUGAAAGCCGACGGUUCAUGGCAGCUGUGCGACGCGUGAAAGAAGAACUGGAUCCGGACGGAACAGGCCUCGACUUGCACGACACCGGCACGGACAUGGAGAUCUUCCCACGGGUCAUGGGUGGCAGACCGUCCUUCGACAAAGGUGAUGGAGUGCAACGGUUGGACCAGAAGCUGGGUCUUCACAUGGUGGAAGGUCCGAACAUCGUCUGCGGCGACACCGGCAGUGAUUUGCCCAUGGUUCUUGCUGCUCUACGGCUCAUGUGUGGAGACAAGAUGGUUGAGCGGUGGCAGGAGCGAUUGCGGCAGGAGGAGACGGAGCAGACCGGCGAGCAGGAGGAGGAGCCAGAUGACGGAGAGAUGGAUGAAGCUGCCAAGGAAGAAGCGGAACGGAAGGCGCGUGAAGAAGAGGAGGAGGAGCGGGAGGCGCGUGUUUCCGCUGGAAAAUUGGCUGUGUUGUUCGUGGCGUCCCCGGAGUCGUACUCCAAGAGCCCAAAGGUGGCUGACCAGGUCCGCAAAUGGUGUGACCUAUCCGGGGCGCAUUGUGCCGUUCUGCCGUCACCGGAUGUUUUGGUGUACACUCUUGCCAAGUUUGCUGAGGAGAGGUCCGGCUCGUCGGUCACAACAUGUCACCACGGUGAACCUGUGGGCGACCCGGAUCUUGAAAGGGACUGGACACUGACCUCGCUCCCCCAUCGUGAUUCGGUGACCUCGCUUCCUGAACUGCCCGAGCCCAGUGGAGGCUCGCCCAGCCUGAUUCCAGGCAAGGCGUGGGCGCCGUAA